UGCUCGCACUUAUACCAACCUUGAACUGACCUGAGUAGUGGUGGAGAAGUUUAAGUGCUCCCGGAGUGUAUAGUUCUCUACAUGGCGGCUGGACGGUUUCCAGUGUGUGGAAGGAAGACCAGCGGCCCGACCCAGACAGUGAAGGUGGUGGUACUCGGACAAGCAGGGGUUGGCAAGACAGCGAUGACCGUGCGUUUCGUGACCAAGAGAUUCAUCGGUGACUACGACCCAACUCUCGAGGCCAUCUACCACCACCGGACGUUUAUUGAUGACAACCCUGUACAGUUUGAAGUACUGGACACCGCCGGCCAGGAAGAGAAUUCUCUGGCCCUGGAGCAGAAGAUUCGAUGGGGGGAUGCUUUUGUCAUAGUUUAUAGCAUCAACGACAUCUGCAGCUUUGAAGAAGUCAUGAGGAUCAAAUUUCUGAUUAACCACACGAAGGGACCCAACACACCCGUAACUCUCGCGGGCAACAAACGAGAUCUCGAACUAGAUAGAAUGGUCGCGAGACUUGACGGUGAGAAAAUGGCGGACACGUUAGGAUGUGGUUUCUCCGAGAUCACGACGAAAGAAUCGUACAUCGAAGUGGCGAGAGUUUUCGAAGGAUUGUACGCGAGGUGGAAAGAACAGACGCUGACGAAGGAUGUUCGGUGUCGCUCGCCCAAGUCUUCGCCAAAGCUCUCCCCUAGGCCGCACAUCAGGAGGGUCAAAAACUUACUAAAGUCAACGACGACAGGGAAGCACCUCGAUGUGCCCAGUUUUGGAGCCAACUUCUGUUAACUCGUGUUAUAAGAGAGCAGUGUAUUUAUCUUAUUAUGGUGCAGUUUUAAUAUCAAUCAUUUGUGUGAUAUCAAACACAGACAUGUCGGUGAAAUUAUGUUGCAGUUCUGAUUUUAUUUUCUGCCUUGAGCUCAAAUUAUACGGAAAAACGCAUAUGAAUUAGACAAAGUCAUAGUCACUGUAUAUUUUAAUAUGUGUGCUUAUGAAGCAUGGUAAAACUAUGCUAGAAAUAAAAUAAAACCUGUAUAAAAGUGUGGCAGUAUUUCACUACUUAUAGUUAUUGCCCAUACCAAUAACAAUAUUUAAUACCAGUAUUAUAAGUGACAAGAAAUGUCUAUAAACAACUGAUAGUAAGACUUCGAAUUAAAUAUAUGUCUGCAAACGACGCCCACCCUAUUAGGUGGAAAGUUUUGUUGUCAUAUGAUUUCCUAAUAUGUUUGGUAUGAAACGUA